UUACCUCUGGCCCAGGGCUUAAAGAAGACAAGUACCAUGUUGGAUGAAGAAUUUCCCCGUACUGCACUCAGCAUCAACAACAGAAAUGAGCUCCGGAAUGUUCUGAAUCUCCAGUCUUUAUACAAACAAAACAAGGCCAAAGAGACUCCUUUAAAAACCAUCCUGGAAAUCAUGGCGAGCUACUUUCUGGAGCUCCAGAGUAACCAAACCUUCCUGGGAAAUUCCUCAUUUCUGGAAAAGAAAGCCUGUCCCACAAGAAGUUCGGAGAGCUUUCCUCCUAAGAAUUCCCUCUCUGGAGAAGCCGCUCGAAGGCAAACAGCAGCUGAGAAAACUAAAAAAGGGACUCCCAGCCACGAGAUCAGCGAGGGAAUAAUCUGCCUGUCCAGAAGGCAUUGUCACAAGCCAGGUGAGAAGGGCAAGGGCGGAGCCAUGUUGGAUGCUCAGGCCGAAGGAGAGAAGAAACUAGGCGGCCUCCUGGAUGCGAUGCAGAUUCUGGGAGAAUUGUCUACGGAGACUAGAACGACUUCGAGGGAGGAACCAAGAGUCCAGUCUAGUUUUCUUCCAUCUCAGGGAAGGAUAGCUGCUUCCGCGGACGCAUCUCAAGAGGAUUCCUUAAAAAGGAAGCACUCGAAGCAUCUGUCUGGAAUUUGCAGCCUGGCCGAAUUCAGGCAGGAAGGCACCAUGAAAAAUUCCACAGUCCUCCCAGGUCACUACUUCGAGAAAACCACCAUUCCCAGACCGCUGGACAAUUUCCUGACCUCCCACACGGAGCAUCCACUCAAUGUUUGUCAUAACAGUUCUCCCAACUCUGCCUCGAGUCGGGGCGCGAAGAAGAAUGAUUCAACAGUCCGACAUGCGGUCAGUUCUGGAGAUGACCCCUUGACCAAGACGGUCCUGGAAAGGCCAGUGGAAGAAAAGAAAAUUGCGCCUGGCUAUGAAAAAAGGCGCCCUUUGGAUGUUUUUCAGACAGAAGCGGCAACGGAAAACCGGUGCGGUGUGAAGUCCUCACAGAAAAACGAGGCCUCGUUUACAGAUGCCAGAAGAUCUCCCGCCUCUGCAUCCAGAAAAGGUCAUUUGCCCAGAGACAUUUUGGAACUAGUUGAUGUCGAGGAUGAAGAAAGCUGGGAAGAUGUUGGGGAAAACCCUGAACCUUUGAUUCUAUAUGCGUGUCAAGUGACAACCAAGCCCAUUGAUUUCGUUCUUGCAAAGGACCUGAAAACUCUGCUUUUCGGCUCCAGUCUUGGAUGCUUCAACGAAGAGUGGAAAAUCCAGAGUUUCACGUUCAAUGAAAACCCGGAGCUGAAAUACGGCAUCGUGCAGAAAAAGGGUGGGCCGUGCGGGGUCCUGGCAGCCGUUCAAGCCCACGUCCUCCAACAUCUUAUCUUCGGUGACAGUAGCCGGAACAACACAUUUGGGUGCCUCCGGCCGUCUGACCCCGAGAGGGACCAGUGCCUGAUUCUGGCUCUUGCUGGUAUUUUGUGGCGUGCAGGUGGCAGUGAGAAAGUGGUGUUGACUUUGACUACAGGAACACAGCAGUUCACGCCUGCGGGAAAAUAUAAGCCAGAUGGGAUCUUAGAAAUGCUUCUGUUGCACUUUAUCACAACGUACGAAGAUCUGCUGAUGUUCCUACAACAGAAUGUCCAUCAGUUUGAGGCUGGUCCACAUGGCUGCAUUCUUCUGACUUUGUCAGUGAUAUUGUCAAGAUCCAUCGAUCGAGUCCGUGGAGAUGUGGAUGUCACCACAAACCCACUGAUCGGUGCGCACGGAUACUGCACGCAGGAACUGGUCAACUUGCUACUGACCGGCAGGGCCGUAUCCAAUGUCUUCAACGAUGUGAUGGAGCUGGACUCAGGAAAUGGCAACUUCACCCUCCUGAAAGGGAUCAGUGGGCGUAGCGAUGUGGGCUUGCUGUCCCUCUUUGAGCAUUACGACGUCUGCCAGGUGGGCUGUUAUCUCAAGACCCCCAGGUUUCCAAUUUGGGUGGUGUGCAGCGAGAGUCACUUCAGCGUCCUCUUCUGCUUGCGAAAGGAUUUACUGGCAGAUUGGAGGACCGAACGGCGGUUUGACCUGUAUUAUUACGACGGUUUAGCCAAUCAGCAAGAGGAGAUCCGUCUAACCAUCGACACCUCACAGCUUUAUGGGGAAAGCCCAGAGGACGACCUCGUUUCCCCUUUGGAGCAUUGCAUUCGGACAAAGUGGAAAGGAGCCAGGGUCAAUUGGAAUGGCACAGAGCCCAUCUUGUGACUGACGUCUUCCAGCGAAACCAGGCUCCACCCCCCAGAGGGAACCCCGGGGCAUUUCUCGUUGCCUGGCCCCCGAUCGGAUGCAAACCCACCGAAGGACCUUCGUCGUGGACCACCCCGGCCGUAAUCCCUCCAUUGCGGCAUCCGAGAAAGGGUGGCUGGACUUCUCCUUCGAGCCUCCAAUGUUAUGGAAACGAGAAGGUCAACCCAAACCAAGGGGGAAAAAGAGCAGUAAAUUUGUCCACGUCCCAUCAAAUUCCGUUGCUGAAUCCCUGCCACAUCCUGUGAUUAUAUUGGCUGAACAAUACCGAUGGCAACCCCCUUUCUUGUUUAAAAAAAAAAAAAGCAAGUGAUGACAACAAUCUCUGAGUCCAUUUUAAAGCUAGGAAGCCAAAAUUAAACAACAACAAAAAAGAGCACAAUUAAGAUCUUGUUCCCAAGGACGUUUCGUUUGGGUAGUCUAAAAUAGUUUGGAACCAAAAACAUCACUGCCUAUUCUUUUUUCUUUCAUUUUAUUUUAUUUUUAAAUAAUUGAAUUGUCACCUAUCUUUAAUUCAGUCCUUGGAACUCUCGGCUACUAGAGAACUAAACCGGCAGGGCCAUCUCUUCUUUUAAACUUCUGUAACCGAAGCUUGCCUUUUUUUUUAGGCUCGAAAUGUAGUUUGACAAGAUGGUCCUGGACCUGUGGUUCUGUGUUGUGGAAAUAAAAAGUCUGCAGUCUAUUUAUUAUUUUAUCUCCGUGGAGAAACUAUUCGAAUAGAUCAUACCGGGGUUGCUCUCCAUACAUGGAUGUUUACUAUUUAGGCCAGGGGUCUCCAACCUUGGCAACUUUAAGCCUGGAGGACUUCAACUCCCAGA